AUGAACGACCUUGUCAUCCUCAGCGAUAAUUCUUCAAGAUUGUCUGACGAAGCUGUUGCAGAGUUCAACACCCUAUUUAUAGUUGGGAAAGAAUUUCCAUCCACUGUAGCUGUUCGUGAAGCUGCAAAAGCAUAUGGAAUAAAACAUAACAUUGCAUUCACUACUCAUUCUGCGACAGCUAAUCGCAUUAAGAUGAUCUGCAAACAUGCAGGCGAAUACCGUGACACAAGAAAAGCCGAGAAGGAGGCCGUACAAGCUAGCGGAAAAGAAGAUACCCCUUUACCUGGAAAGGAGAGAGUACGUAGAAAGAAAUCCAGAAAGUGUGGUUGCCAAUGCUUUGUAUAUGCUGCAGUUGACCGACAUGGAAGACUUGCUGUUCGAUCGCGAGAAGCAGAACACAAUCACACUAUUGAAGAGGAUCGAAAAGCAUAUGCCAUGCAUCGUAAAUUGACCCCUGAAGCAUUGUCCCUUGUUAAUAAACACCUCGAGAAUAAUGACAACGCUCCGACAAUCUUCAGAAUCCUCCAAGAAAAUGGCUUUACAAAUAUUAUUCUCAGAGAUAUUGAAAACAUCAAACAAAACUUUGCAAAGAAAGAUACGAUCAAGGAGCUCUCUACAUUGAUCUCAGCACUACACAAUCUCGAUUUCUUUGUCAGACUUACUGUCCCUGAAAUUGAAACUGAUACUGAUACUAAUAUUGGCAUUGGUACAAGUGCAAAUGCAAAUGCAAGUACUGGAAAAUGGAGGGCUAGUCCCCACACUGUUUUCUUGAUCCACAAGAAUGACAUUGAGGAGUAUGACAAACAUCUUUUGAAGGCCAAGAUAUUCACUCUCAUUGAUAAUGUUCAUCAACCCAAGACAGAGGGAGAUAUUUACGAGCAGAUCAUGGCCUACAACGUAUUUAUUCAAAACUAUUGUGAAAGCAAAGGCAUCAUAGCCAAACCAUUCGCGGAAGAUGGGAUAUAUGUUUACCAUCCUUACAUUGUUGCACUUUCUACCACUAGGGGGCGUGUAGAUAAGAAGAAUUGGUUGAGCCUGUAUUCUUACAAGUUUCCUUACAUUGUAAGCGAUACUUACAACAGAUAUGAGAGUAUUCACACUUCCUUGCAAGUCGACAAGACUUUUAAUAAUCCGGAUGAUAAUAAUAAUGAUGAUGCGAGCGAUAUUAUAGUUGAAUAUGAUAACGAAGACCAUUCCGAUGUCAUCACGGCUCAGGAACCCGAAAGUACCAGAAGUUUUUCGGAGUCGGCUUGUAUUAUUGUCCGUAAACUCACCAAGUUAUUUGAACUCUACGUAACCGAUACAACACAACAAGAACAAGAUAACAUCCAACAAAGCAUUGACAACCUCAUCCAAGCAAUUGAAACGUCCAAGCACAAUAAAUCCAGCUCAUCAACAAACAACCUUUCCAAAAGACAUAAUCGAAGCCCCAAACGAAAACUUAGUGAGGUUGAAAACCGACUUGAUGAAAUAUUGAAAGCUCCAAAGCUUCCAAAAAAUACAAACAAUACAAAAACUGGGCGAAAGAAAGCAAAUAUCGAGCAAGAUAUCGUGGGUAAAAAUGAAACACCAUUUAAAAAUAACAGACUUCUCGAAUCUCCAACUCUAGCCGAGGCUCCAAUUUUAGUCGAGGCUCCAACUCUAGUCAAAUCUCCUACGCCUCUUACAAUACUAGCCAAACUCGACAGACUUGGUAUAAAAUCGGGUCAGGUUAACCAAGUAUUUUCCCCGCAAACCGAUGGAAACUGUGGCUACCGGGCAAUUGCCAUGUCGGUUUAUGAAGAUGAAACACGGUGGCCUGAUGUAAAAGCCAGAAUGCUGUCGACCUUUUUGAACCACAAAGACACAUUUUACAAAGGGAGAAUCGAACGCGGUGAUGAAUCAGCAUUUGAGAAUCCAAUGGUUCAAUGCUUAAAAGAUACCAGCUCCCCACUGGAUUCCAAACACUGGUUUGGCAUAACUGACCACCCUCAGAUUGCCGCCGAUGCUUUCAAUCGAUCCAUCGCCGUGUAUUGGGAUACAAAGACAUCAUAUGGAAAUUCGCUAUUUGUUCCUUUUCAGAAAUCUCCUGACAAAAUCGAACCCAUCAUCAUCUUUCUCGAUAAUGACCAUUUUUUCCUAAUUCAACGCAAACGAAGAAACAGCUUCAAGUGGCCACAAAUCAACGUGUAUCAUAAGGCAAUAGUUCAGAGUUUCAAUAUUGAUGAUUAUUCUCUUAUGUACUGA